GGCACGUGUUAGUGGCCGAAUAGUUUCAAAAAUACUAAAAAAAAAAAAUGGAUAGCGAGGCGGAUGAUUAUGAGCCCACCGAUUCGGAACAGGAGUACGAUGAGGAUGAGCGCGAGAUAUUGAGUGAUUUGCGUAAAGAGCGCAAGAAACGCGCCGAGCAGAAAAAUCAAAAACAGGAUAUUCUAUCAUUUAGUGACAGCGAUGAUGAUGAUGAUGAAGACGAGGACGUUGUGGGCGAACUGAUGCGCGACAGCGAUAUUGAAGGUGCCGAGGACGACGAUGGCGAUCUGCCCGACACCAUGGACUGGGGCAGCAACAAGCGAACCUACUACAAUACCGAUUUCGUCGAUCCCGACUACAGCAGCUACACCGCUCAGGAGGAAGAUCUGGCCUUGGCCGAGGAGGAGGAGGCCAAAAAGAUUCAGUUGCGUUUGGCCAAGCAACUGACCGAGGCUGACUUUCAGCUAGACGACAUGGGCGAGCCAGCUGAUGCAAGUGACGACGAUAACGAGGUGGCCAUAAAAAGCAUCAAAGUGCCCACAGAUCUGAAGGGGCUUACGGAGCGCGAACGUCUGCAGCUGCUGCAAAAAGAUUCACCCGAAUUCAUGGGCCUCACCCAGGACUUUCGGCAGCAGCUGAGCGAAGUGCAGCAACUGACGUCGCCCGUUCUAAACUAUGUGCGCAAUCAUCAGGUGCCCAUGGUCCCGGCUCUGCAGUUCGCCACUCUCUACCAGAACGUGCUGCUAACCCACUGUUCGAACGUGUCGUUCUAUUUGCUGCUAAAGGCCAAACGCUGCAGCAUCAAAUAUCACCCGGUGGUCAAACGCCUUGUGCAGCUCAAGCAGCUUCGCGACCAGCUGGCCCCACGCUACGAGGAGUACAUACGCCCACAGCUGGAGGCGCUGCUGGAGCGCAUUCAGGAUGGCGAUACAUUCACCGUACUGGAUGUGGCGCAGCGCAAGGCCAAGCUACAGAUACUCGAAAAGUACAAUGAAACCAAGCUGCAGAAGAAUGGGCAUGCUGACAAGGAUGCUGACGAUAAUGACAAUACUGAUGAUGAUAAUGACGACGACGACGAGAAGCAACUGCCAGAUCUGGCCGACGAGGAGCAGGAAGAUGACGAAGAGAAUGAACGACGCGGCAUCACCUAUCAAAUGGCCAAGAAUAAGGGUCUAACGCCGCAUCGCAAAAAGGAGUUGCGCAAUCCGCGCGUCAAGCAUCGCGGCAAAUACCGCAAGGCGCUCAUCCGCCGUAAGGGUGCAGUGCGCAGCGUACGCACAGAAGUGAAACGCUACGGCGGCGAAGCAUCCGGCAUUAAAGCCACCGUCACCAAAAGUGUCAAAUUUAAAACGUAGUCCAUUUAGUCCUAGUGUAUAUAACAUGUAUGUAGGCGCCUUAAACUUUAUACUAAAUUUUGU